AUGUCUACAGAAUCUAAAAUCAGCAAUCUUUUUGACAAACAUGAUGUUAAGUUUUUAAUGGUUGGCCCUAAAGGCGCUGGUAAAACUACCAUUUUACAACAACUCAAAUUAGGUGAAAUUGUUACCAAAACUCCAAUUAUCGAAACUGUCCAAUCCAAAAACAUUAACUUUAUCGUUUGUGAUAUUGAUGAUGAUUAUUAUAAAAUUAGAUCAUCAUUGGGACAAUAUUUCCUAAAACCAUCACCAAAAAUUCAAGCCUUCAUCAUUGUUGCCGAUUCAAGCGAUAUAGGAACACUUCAAGAAAAUCGUGAUGAAUUCCACAAAAUUCUCGAUGAAAAUGAUAUAGGUGAUGUUCCUAUUUUAGUUUUAUGUAACAAACAAGAUCUUCCUAAUGCAAAACACACUUCUGUGGUAAAUGAUACACUUCAUAUCAACUCAAUCUAUAAUAGAAAAUGGCACACCGAACAAACCUGUGCCACCUCGGGUGAAGGUCUUUAUGAAGGUUUUAAAUGGCUAAGUGAAUUUUUAUAUGGACCUAAGUUUGAUUAG